AUGUGGGAUAAUGCUGCCCCGACUGUUUGCAUUGAUACUGUUGCCAUUGAUGGCAGACUUUUUGCCAGCAGGGGCCGCAUUUGUGUUGAUAGAAUUGCACUACUCAUCAUUGCUGACCUGCCUCUGCAAUCGGAAGUCGACAUCUACGUCGGUGAUUCCCGAGAACCUUUCCCAGAGGGUCUGAGUCGGGACCUGGAACAUGGAGAUGUCAUUGCGUUUGUGCCGCGGCACUGUCCUCCUCCAUGUAGGGGGUCACUCAGAGAUAGAUUGCAGGACGCGGAACAGUGGUUUGCACCUUCCUAUCAGCCUCCUACAGUGCAGGCAGACACAUAUGGUCUUGUGCAUGCCAGCCAGUGCAUUCUCCAUUCGGUCGGCAACGAGUCUCCUAUGCAGUACCGCCGGGGAGUCGCAGCCUGCAUCGGCACUGACGCGGCGAGACUGCGUCUGUUCCCAGCCAGGCCAGCCAUUACAGAUGCAGCCAUCCUCGGCCAUCCAGUCCUCACUGUGGUUGGAGUUGCGGAAUUGGGCGGGGAGUUCACCCGUUCUUCUUUCUGCGUCUUGUUGGAUGCCCGACCUCUUGGUCAGGCUUGGCAUGAACUCUAUGUACACACCGGCCGUCUUGAGUGCAAAGCCUUCUGCAGGGACCUCGACAGGCACGCCCCUGCGGGAUGGCGCACAAUCCUAGCAGGCAUCCCUAGCCAUCUUGAUAGUGUCGCGGUUUCCCCUGGUUGCACCCUCGUAGCUGAAUACAUUCCUGCCAGUCACCAUCGUAGCAUGCAGCUUGUUGCUACACCAGGACCCAUCUCUCAAAUGCCGUCAGGCACAGAUCCUGGAUCUGGGGAGAUAGAGCCAGCAAACGGGGCAACUGCAACAAAUGCCCAUGGUGAAUUGCCCACUGAGGAGUAUGAGGCCAGCCGGCUUCCCCCGUCACAGUCAGAGGCAACUGAGACGGCAGCCACUGUGCAAACGGCCAGUGCCACCAGCGGCUUCAUGAGUUGCAUUUUCCUGAUCUGUGGGCAAAAUUACUGCCCAGAGGUUGUUGAGGUAAGGUUGCAGGUUGGCACAAGCGUCCAAGACGCCCUGAACGCUGUUAAUGCUGCCAGAUCUCCUGAUCUUCGCUGCUACUUGCCAGGACUCUACGCGGUGCAUCCACGGUCGCUCGCGGGCAUCGCUGUGUUGGUUGCGGCACCACUUUGGCCGGUUCCAGGGGCAUUAGUUGUGUUAGAUAGUACAAGAGUGAAUGGUCAGGUUUGUGUCCAGCAUUUACCGGGCAUCCUGCGAGGCGCGGGUGUCUUUACAGCAGCAGACAUCCCUUCAACCCACACAGACCUCUAUGUUCAGGAUGUCCCGUGGCCCGUCCCCCCUGACAUGCAAUUCGCAGCCAAUCAUGGAGAUGCUGUUCUCCUUGUUCCCAGAGAUAAUCCACAUUUUGCCACCACUGAUAUUGCCUCAAUGCUGCAAGACGCCAACAGCUGGAAUACCCAGUGGACACCAGCUGUGCAAUUCGCUGAGCGGGCUUGGAUCAUUGCACAGGAGAACACCUUUCUCCACCAGAUUCCUGCAGGACGUAGAGCUUCAGUCAGACAAGAUGUUGCCGAAGUUUUGCAUGUCCCAGCACACACCAUCAGGCUCUUUGCGACUGAUCCUCCCAUUGUCAAUUAUGCUGACAGGGGACUUCCAACACAACAUGUCCUUGCCGUGACAGAAUCGGAUAGGGCCAGGGGUUCUGCCAACAGACCCUUUGCCUGCAUUGUUGAUUGUCGUCCCCUCCUCCUGCGACUUCAUGCUUUCUACUCCGAAGAGCCCGUGCUUUCUCUGCAACGCCUACAGCACCUCUUGCAGCGGUGUCCUGUUGGAUUUGUAGCUUGCUACCUCGGAGACGACGGCAUAUUUCGACCGGUCCAGCAUGACCUUUCCUUCACUGACCGUGGAGUCCUCACUUUAGCCUUUCUCCCUGGGGCAGCCUUAAUCUCGGACCCGAGUGGACAGAACGACUCCCAGGCCCCUUCCGGGGACGGAUCCACAAGCUCACGACAACACUCUGACUCAGAGCCUACCGAGACGGUGUCACAAGAAGGCACCAGUGCUUCUGCUGCCGGGUCUACAGGAUACGAUGCAGGUACGGGCCCACUGCAGACCUUGCUUGAAGAAAGUAGAGAGGUACAGAAGGACCAGCCCCUCUUUGAAGCCUGGACACUAAUUGAAACCCUGCAGGAGCACCUUGCAGCUCAAUCGCCCCCCUCUGGAGUCAGGGGACUCCCCACCACCGGUGCCAACCAAGCUGGCUGCCGCCGACCUCAUGACAGCAUUGUCCGACUCGAGGAUCACCUGCCUCAGGGUCACCGCAUCGAUCUUACUGCAGUUGCUCUCGGGUGUGGCCGCACCCUUGAUGAAGUCAUCUCCGUUCUCAACGCCAACUGGCAACUUGACCCUCAUUUGCCUGCCCAUCUUGACCUGCACCCUGCUACCGUUGCAGCAUUUGCGGCACAUGCGACACCGUCGGGCCACUGGGACCUGCCCUAUGGCUAUGACAUCUUUACUGAUGGUUCCUACGAUGGGAGCACCAGCAGCUGGGCCUUCGUUGUCAUUGCGCGGGGUUGUCGGGGACAAACAGAUGGAGACUUCCAGGUCCGCCAUGCUGAUGUGUUGGCAGUAGCUUGCAGGGCAAUUGCCAUGGCAGCUGACGCGAGCGGCAGCCAUGGAGUCGAACUCUGGCUGGCACGAGAUGUCCCCUUUGCAUGGAUUGGCAAUACGUUUUGUCGACUCAAGCUCAAAUUUGUCAUUGCGGUUGUGCAUGCACCCACUGCCCAUGAUGAACAGAGGGAGAGAUGGUGGAAGCAACUGCGUGACCGUGUGGUCACAGUUGCACGCGGGGACCCUGUGCUGCUACUCGGCGAUUUGAACGCCAGGUUCCUACGUCCACUUUCGGGACGUGUCGGCGACAAAUUGUGGGAGAAGGGGCCUGCUCCUCCGGUGAAUCUGUUACGGUUGCUACAAGACAUCGAUGCUUGGGUACCGUCCACAUAUGAGGUCUGUCAUCCUGGUGAAGAUUACACGUGGCUCUCACCCGGGAGUGGUUCUGCUUCACGCAUAGACUUCAUCAUCCCUCCCACAAGUUGGGGAGUCUCGGCGGGAAGCUCUGCAGUGCUGCAUGAGGUUGACUUCGGCCAGGCCGGUGCAGAUCAUUUUGCAGUUGUGCUUGAUGUGCAGGCAUGCAUUCAGUUCCGGAGAGGUGUGCAGGCACUUCCCAUGAUCCGUCUCGAGAAUGGCGAAUUUGCCGCCGACAAAACUGAGGCUGACUUGCGAUGGCUAAGGCACUUCAGUGCAAUCGAGGAUGGGCAGCCAGUCGACACGCAGCAGCACAUCCAGUCCUGUCUUGCAAGACAACAGGCCUUCGACCCUGACGAUGUCUGUCUGGAUAGGAGCGACUUGCCCACCCGUGUCGAUCUAGAGCGCAGCAUGCGCAUGGCGCAAUGUGGCAAAGCGAUUGGAAAUGACGGCAUUGCGCCCGAUCUGCUCCAUUUGAAAACUCCGUCACUCUCGCGCACAGUUUAUCAAAUUUUCUUGAAGGUCGCCUACAGACUCCAAGAACCCAUUGCCUGGAAGGGGGGGACCCUCCAUUCCAUCUGGAAAGGUCGCCGUGACCAGGCUGAUUGCGCGAACUACCGAGCUAUCCUUGUCAGCAGCUCUGUAGGUAAGGCAGUGCACGGCAUGUUCAGGUCUAAGUGUUCCGACUACCUUGAUACGGCGUGCACGCCAAUGCAGAUUGGCGGCAGAAAAGGCCAACCAGUCCAGAUUGCCACGCAUGCCAUUCGAGCAUUCCAGAAGGCCUGCGUCGACAGGAAACGGUCUUGGGCCAUCCUGUUCGUCGACCUUAGAGAAGCGUUCCAUAGGGUCGUCCGCCCACUGAUACACGGAGGUAGCCUUAGUGAUGAACACCUUGCGGGAAUCAUUAAAGAAAUAGGCCUCCCCACGCAAUCAAUCCACAGACUCUAUGAGUAUGCCAGGGAACAGUCCUUGAUCCAGGAAGCCGGCGCUUCCACAUGGACUUCUCAAGUCAUGCGGGAAUUCAUGGAGGAUUCCUGGGUCACUUACGGAGAUUGUCCACAACUGGCCUCCGUUCGAGCCGGAACCCGACCGGGCGACAACUUGGCGGAUCUUGUUUUCACUUUCCUCUUCGCGGAAAUUCUGCAUCGAGUGCGCGAGCAAUUCCAACGGAGAGGUUUGUCGGUACACAUUCCCUGGAACCCUGAGUGGCUUUGCCGCAAGAAGUCAACGGCGGCGGCUGCCACAUGUUCUCCAGUUGACGCCACCUGGAUGGAUGACCUCGCUGUCAUCCUGACAGAUGCCACCGCACAGGGACUUUUGGCGAAACUAAAAGCUGCCACCUGCGUGACUCUAGAAGAAUGCUUAAAGGCAGCCCUGCUCCCAAACCUCCGUGCCGGCAAGACUGAGGCACUGGUUGCCUUGUAUGGACCGGGCUCCAAUACACUAGCAAAGGAAGUCUUCAGAGGAAAGCUUCCUCAGCUGCCCCUGGAUUCCUCCCUAUGGCCGGAAGCUAGUUUGGGUUUAGUCCCGUCCUAUAAGCACCUAGGUGGCAUCCUGCAUGCAAAGGGUGGCUUGCAGGCUGAGAUCAAGACCCGCUUAGGAUGUGCUUGGCAGGCAUUCAACAAGCAUCGUCGACAAGUCUUUGCUUCUCCCAUAGUGAGGAUUGCCGAAAAAGCCAUCCUGUUUACCUCACUCAUAGAGUCGACCCUGUACUACGGUGCAGGGACAUGGUCAGGCCUACGACCGGCAGACAUUGCCCGACUACAAAGUCACGUUGUUAACAUGGCACGCAGUAUGCUCUCGAACGGUCGAAAAGAGGCUGACCUUUGCCACGACAGUCACCACAGCAUCCUUGCUGCGGCUCGAAUCCCUACUGUAUCCACUUCACUCCAUGUGGAGCGGCUUCGUCACUUCAAAGCCACUGUUCUCAAAGCCACGGAUGAACUUUGGUCUCUCCUCCACCACGAAGCUGCUUGGAUUGACACUGUCCAAGACUCUUUAGGAUGGCUUCAGGAGCGGCACAGAUGUUGCUGUUCUGACUCCCCACCCUGGGCUGAUUGGGACUUUGCUGUGGGCUUCAUCCGGACCUCACCUGAGGCCUGGAAGAGAACUGUGAAUCGGGCCAAAUACAUCGCUACUCUGGAAGAACUCUGGCAAGCUGAACUGAAUAAGUUUAAAGGCCUUGCAUUUCGAGCAUUCCUGAAGGCUGGAGCCUGUCUACCUUCUAAUCUGCCACCUAGGCAGAGUGCUCAUGAGGUUUGCGAGAUCUGCGGUGUCGUUUUUGAUGACCUUCGUGCAUGGUCUCACCAUGCUUUUAAAAGGCAUGGGCGCCUCAAUCCAGUGCGACGUUUAGCACAAGGCACCCAAUGUGCUGUGUGCUUGGCUCACUUCCGUUCCAACAAAGGCUUAUGCAAUCACCUCGAAUAUGCCCGUAGAUGUCGACACGCCCUCAUCAAUCAGGGCUUUGAUUGUAUUGCUGAGCCUGGCACAGGGAGUAGGAAAUUCGACAGUGGCGCCCGAGUGCUGCUUCCUUCUGUGAGGGCGCAGGGUCCACUCCUUCAAUGGAACCAUGCCCCUGCCAUUGAUGAGCAGCAUCUCCCCUCUGAGCGGAUCCUGCGCGACUUGGAGGCCCUUUUCUGUCAUGAUGUCGGCACCUGUGUGGAUUGGUCUGCCUUUGUCGAUAGGCUUCAGUCCAUCUUCAAGGGCGAGUGCCUCCAACAGUCCAGACUCAAAGCCACUGCUGAGCAAUGGACCCAGCAGUUACAUCACACGUUAGACCAGGAUGACGACUGGAAUGUCCAAUGGGUUUCGUGGCACCUUCGGGCCGCACGUCUACUUCAGGAAGUCGACUUUGUCGAGUGGCUUGGCAAUGAGGGCUGCACGCCAUCCCUUGUUACUUCCACGUUUCGUGAUGCAGAGACCCUUACUCCAUGGUUGGACUUUUCUGGUGUCAUCAUCCCCACAGUUCCUGCACCUGUGCAAUUUGGUUUCUGCUUUUCUGCUGGUGCACCCAAGCCUCAGUGGCUUCACUGCCCUGCCGGGACAGACAAGGAGUGUUUUGCUUGCACGGAUUGGGCUGAUGCCGCAGGUGAAGACAAAUUGGUUUUCCUGUCCGGGGCCGGCCUCCGUGGCUCCUUCUCACUCCCCUUCCCACUCCGGUCCUUUGCUUCCAUUCCGGACCAAUUGACUCAACUCCGUCUCCUCUCUGACCUUGUCAGGGGAGCCUUCUUCCUUUGGACGAGGAAGGUGCCCACCUGCUUGUUUCUUCGCAAGAUCUCCUGCUCUACAGUUGAGGUCGUUCGUCGUGUAGCCCCCUUCUGCGUGCACAGGGCAGAAGGUGAGCUGCUGGCGAAUUUUUGCCUAGAGAGUUGCCCUUUCUUUCGUUUCACCUCAAAUUAA